GGUAAAGCGAAAAAUAUACAAGUAUUAAAGUUAAUGAUGUUAUUUAUAAUAAAAUUAUUUAGAUCAAAAUAAAUCUUUCGUACUAAGCUGCUAACCAAGCGCACAACAAAACUGAUCAAAAUAUAUAGGUUUAUGGACGUAAGAAGGUACCAUACCAUGAAGUUGACGCAUACACCACAAGAAUUGAUGGGUGGUCGCACUAAAUCUUCAAUAAUAGCUAUUAUUUCGUCCAGCCACAAAGAUAUUGACAAAAUAUUAAGUACGUCAGAAUACGCUUGUCGAGUGAAGAAUACUCAUAAUAAGACGGAAUUUAGCCAAAAACUUGCUACAGAUACGCUAUGUAAUUUGCGACGUUAUCCAAUUUAUCGUCCUAUAACGCAUUCGUUGUACCUUCGCUGUCGACUCGAACACAAGAGAUCCGAUUAUCAUCAGGCUGUAACGAUGCCCGAACUCAGCGAUCGCAUGCCUUGGAAAGACGGUAAGCAUCAACUUUAUUCUGUUGAGUAUCGCAAGAUUGUUUUAAUCUCAUAA